CCUCCUCAAAUCACGCUCCUCUCUCUUUCCUAUUCCUCUGCCAUCAGUUCACGUGGAUCUAGUGCAAGUAGAAGGAGCAAAGCUCCAUAGCCAUGGACGUCCUCCCCCUCAUCUCCCACUCCCUCUCCUUCCAGUCCACCAAAACGGAGAUCUCCUGCAGCAACAAAUCCGUUUUGCUGCUGCGUCCAUCCUCACACGCACCUGAGCAGCAGUUUGGAGGAGAUUGGCGCUGCCGCGUGACUGUACUGGACCACGUGAAGCUGCCGCCCCUGAUUGGUGAUGUGCCGCCCUUCCACCUCUCCUUUGUUAUAUCAACCCUGCCCUCUCUCACCAUCCUUGCAAUGCAUGCGACCAUGGACGGCCUGCUGGACAUCAACAGCACAAGAACAGAUGCUGUGUGCGCCCCGCCUCUGUACCUCGCAUGCAGGCUGCCUCGCCGCCCCCUCUCGUCGUCGCCUGUCACCAUCGAGCCAACCUCCGCCGACCACAAAUCCACACAAAUUGGAAUUGUUUGCGCUGAGGAUUGAAGCAAGUAGGAAC